CGUCUUUGUGCUAGCAGGCCUAAACGGGCCAGAUCGAGGAUGAGCAACCCUCCCAAAAAAUCGAUAUCAAACAAAGGGACGGAUAUCAUUAACGUGGUACACUCCGUUUUUAUCGUUUACUAAGCUGUUUAGUGUUCGGCGUACGAAUCCUGCAGUACCUACGUUGACAGUAGCGGGGUCCUGGUCGCUAGUCCUCAGCAGUUAACUUCGGCCAGCUGGCAUCGCCUUGAUGUUGCUUCUUAUCAUGUCCGGCUUCAUUCGAUGAGAGUGACCUUCAUUCAACUGUAAUCGCACAUUUUUCCUCAGUAAUUCGUUUUCUUUGGGUGAGGGGCAUUUGAUGUAUUCAGUCAUUUGCUUCUACUGCGCGCCUGUCCUGCCAGCUCCUGGGAAUUCUUGUUCAGUUCCGAACUCGGAAACGAGUUAGCUGUGCACUGUCAGUACCUCGUGGGAGUUAUCUUUAUCCACAACAUUGUCAGAGGAGCAAGUGUAAAAAAUCCUGGAGACCCGCGCCCGAAUUGAGUCUUAGCCAUGGAGGACACUGCUCAAUCAACACCCACCACAGCCGUUUCGGCCAAGAAGAAUGCUUGGAUGCAAGCGUCGCGUCUGGGUUUGCGUGGCUUUUCCAUAAUUUACGGCAUCAUGUGCGUUUAUUUAUUGACACAGACUUCAAAGGACCUAACAGUUGAGGGUGAGAAGCCACCAGCAAUGAGGUGGUUGACGGCGAUUUCGUGCGUCGGCCUGGUCGGAAGCACUCUUGGCUGCCUCGUGUCCUUUGAGUCUUGGAAGACCCGCUCCAUGACCAGCGUGACCAUCCUUGCUUUUACCAUCAAUUUUAUCCUCUCUAUCAUAUCCAUCUUCGUUGUUUGCUUCACCCACUUCUCAAUCUUCUGGAUCAUCUUCACGGCACUGCACAUCUUCCUCUCACUGAUGUCCUCCGGGGCUGCAUAUGGCAGUUUUGCGACCACUGCCAAACCGGCACCGGUCGACGAAACAACGCCUUUAACAAUUGACCAGGUCACCGGUGGAGAUGUCGCCUGAUCGAGCCUCCACUAGCCAGACAAAACCGGUGCAAUAUACUGAGGGCUGAGCGCAGUCGGUUCCGUUCAGGAAAGUGCGUAUCACGAAUCGUGAUGUGAGGCCACUUUGUGGAAACCAUGGGAGAGACAGCCUGGUAAUUCGCACUGGAGGUCAACGGGGAGCACAACCUUACAGUUUUCGCGCCCCGGGUCGAUGAGAAUUUUUUAUGGUUGUUAUGCAAUGUCUGGACCAGAAACUAGGGGGAUUUGCAGCGGAGCUGGCAUGUACCAAGCCUGCCGAGAGGCCAUGGUGUGUCAUGCUCCAAGGAACGCUUCCUCCGCUGCUACAGAGCACUUGCUUUUACUUGUCGCUCUUUAACUGCCCAUAUUAGUUUGCGUUCCCCCAGGGGGAGCACUCACACAAAGCCCAAUGAAACGGGGGUAACGUCCCCCGCGGAUAUACCGCAACAGUUCCAGCGGGCUUCACGGACAAGCCGCUCCCCGCCCUUCGUCGUCACGUGCCCACUCACGUAUACAUGUGUAUACAGGCCUGUAAUCUUAAUUUGUAGAAGGCGCGGACGCCGCAGCUACUUUUUCAUCCGCGUUUCCUCGCGCUGCAUCGAAGCAGACUGCGCGCCUGUCCCCGAGAUGAGCAGGCAUCAAUCUUGGAAAAGUUUACGGGUCCUUUAUUUUAGGUCCUCUGACAGUUGAUGUUCCAGCCCAUGUGGCUGUGGGUGGUAUCACCAGGGGGACUUCUUGCAAAAAUAGCAGU